UGGCUCUUGUCAAAACUUUUUCGCUGAACAAUUUUGCAAUUCUGAUCUGUUGAUAUAGCCAGCCUACUUGUUUAUUCGUGUUUGAGUUCGGCCCAUAAGUUUUCUUUUGAUGCAUUUUUUUAUAUAGAGAAGGAACUGGAAGAACUUUUACUGUCAUCAUAAGCUGAGCGAGUUCAUUUUAGUUGUAAAGCUUACGAAUUUCAUACAUCGGAAACGAAAGGCAAAAUGUCAAAAAACAAAUUCAAUUUAACUCUUCCUCCUGUGGAACCAGACCCAGUCUCCACCCCCAGUCCUGGAGAAACAUCAGGAAGGAGUAAUAACAUAGCAGCAGCUAUUAACUCUGCCAAAUCAAUGACACAGACCAGUAGUGUAGUUAUACAUUCUGGAAUUGAUAGCGGAAAUACAACCAUGGGAAACACAACAUUAGAGGCUUUGCAAAAACAGCUGGAGGAACUUGAUAUUGAUGAACUUCAACGACAGAGAUUGCACAAGUUUCUCUCACAAAAGCAAGAAGUCGGUGAACUGACAGAUGAUGAUUUUGAUAAGCUUGGUGAACUAGGUGCCGGAAAUGGGGGUGUAGUCACCAAAGUCAGACAUCGUCCUUCUGGAUUGAUCAUGGCCAGAAAGUUGAUACAUCUUGAAGUGAAACCUGCCAUUAAGAAGCAAAUAAUUAGAGAGCUAAAGGUGCUUCAUGAGUGCAAUUCACCUCAUAUUGUUGGUUUCUAUGGAGCAUUCUACAGUGAUGGUGAAAUAAGUAUUUGCAUGGAAUACAUGGAUGGAGGAUCAUUAGACUUGAUCCUGAAAAAAGCGGGUCGUAUUCCAGAACAAUAUCUAGGGAAGAUAACAAUUGCUGUUUUGAAAGGGUUGAGUUAUCUUCGAGACAAACAUCAAAUUAUACAUCGCGAUGUUAAACCAAGCAACAUUCUGGUCAACAGUCGAGGAGAGAUCAAAAUUUGUGACUUUGGAGUGUCUGGUCAGCUAAUUGACUCCAUGGCUAACUCAUUUGUAGGAACGAGAAGUUACAUGUCGCCGGAACGAUUACAAGGAACACACUAUUCGAUUCAGAGUGAUGUCUGGUCUCUUGGGCUGUCGUUAGUUGAAAUGGCCAUUGGCAUGUACCCUAUCCCCCCACCUGAUCCACAGGUAUUGGCCAACAUUUUUGGUGCAAAAUUCAGCGAAGAUCCUGAGAACAUGACUCCGUCUCCUAGCAGUCGAUCGCCUCGACAAAGCCAAUUUCCUGGAGGAGUCGGUAAUGGUCCUAGGCCGAUGGCGAUAUUUGAGCUUUUGGAUUACAUUGUCAAUGAACCACCUCCCAAACUACCGUCCGGCGUUUUCUCUGUGGAAUUCAAAGAUUUUGUCGAUCGGUGUCUCAAGAAGAAUCCGGCUGAACGACCCGCUCUACGUACACUAAUGGGCCACGAAUGGGUAAAAAAAUGGACCUCUGAAAACGUGGAGAUAGCUGGUUGGGUAUGCAAGAUCAUCGAUUUACAGCCUUCCACACCCACUAAACAUCCCGAAUAAAUUUGUUUAUUUUUUUUUCUCUCCAUCUGAUAAACUUUAACAACUUUAUUGUUAAAAGAAAGUCCAUUUUUUUCUUCUUGUGCUUUUUCUAACUAAAAAUAUUUUGGAAGAUUACAUUGGCGUUCACACACUAUCCAUCCAACAGUAGCACCAAAGUCCUUGGGCUGGAAAAUCUUCUGUUUCGUUUCGAGGAUUCUAUUUACUUGUCUACUCAUCCGCCCAAUUUACCACAGGGUAAGUGGAUGUAUUGUUUGUUUUGUUUCUUCUUUUCCAAAUUUUCAUUCAUAGAAUUUCUGUGCGCUGCUGUGACAUACGACGCGAUCAUACGCACAAAGUCGAUCCAGCAUUCUUCCAAUGUGUAUCUACUCUUUGUUUUCCCCGCCACACUCCAAUCUUUUUGUCAAACCGUGAAGCUGCAUAGUUAACAAUCAAGAUGAAUUUUUCAUCUUUGGUGUCAAGGCUUUGGAAAGAAAAGAUGAGGAGGUUGGAAUUUUCUUGUUGACGAUUUUGGAGCGUUGUGGACUCACCCAAAACGAACAUUCCAAGUUAUCCUCCUAUUCUUUCUUUUUCUACAAUCUUCCUGGCCCGCGCCGUUUAUUAGUUGCAAUUUCUUUCUUUAUCUAUUUCCUAUCCCUUCUUUUAAUGUAUAGAAGAGAAGAAAAAAAAAUCUGUGUCAACUCGUGGAAGAAAUUGUCGCCAUUGUGUGUGCUGUUGGACUCGGCAGAGUAAAGAUGGUCCAGAGCUAA